CGAGGCGCUACAGUUCGCUGCUGGCUUAGCUCAAAUAUACUUACUAAUAAUUCUCAGCAUCGCGGAUCCGCCGGACGCCGGGAUACACCUUUCCUUAAGCUUCCUCUCUGUGCUAACUCAAAUCGCGUGUGAUAGGAUAUAUCGUGAGGAACUGUGCUGAAGUUGUGAUUGCUCAAAAAUUAGAAGAAAAAAAGUGUUUUAUCCUUAGUUCGCGCUUAAUCGAAACCAAAAAAAAUACCCUUUAGUUAACAAUGGCCGAUGUCGAUGUGAUGCGUACCCAGACCAUCGAGGUCAAGAAAACGCGCAAAGUGAAGAAGACGACCACCAAGCGCCGGGAGUCGUCCGAUCAGACCGGAGAGGUCAUGAUCACCGAGCUGGAGCAGACCGACUACCAGACGCAGAACCAGAACGCCAUCGAGGACAAGGGUGGCGAGUACACCAAGGCCAUGUCGAAGGAUUGGCAUUCGGGUCACUUCUGCUGUUGGCAGUGCGACGAAAGUCUCACCGGACAGCGGUACGUCCUGCGUGAUGAGCACCCGUACUGUAUCAAGUGCUACGAAAACGUGUUUGCCAACGUGUGCGAAGAAUGCAACAAGACGAUCGGCAUCGACUCUAAGGACCUGUCCUACAAAGACAAGCACUGGCACGAAGCAUGCUUCCUGUGCAACAAGUGCCGCAUCUCGCUAGUCGACAAACAGUUUGGCUCUAAGGCCGACAAGAUCUACUGCGGAAACUGCUACGAUGCGCAGUUCGCUUCCAGAUGUGACGGCUGUGGAGAAAUCUUCCGUGCUGGAACCAAAAAGAUGGAAUACAAGACCAGACAGUGGCACGAGAAGUGCUUCUGCUGCUGUGUCUGCAAGACCGCCAUCGGUACCAAAUCCUUCAUCCCCCGUGAACAGGAGAUCUACUGCGCCGGAUGCUACGAAGAGAAGUACGCAACCCGUUGCAUCAAGUGCAAGAAGAUCAUCACUAGCGGUGGCGUGACCUACAAGAACGAACCGUGGCACCGCGAGUGCUUCACCUGUACCCACUGUCAGGUGUCGCUGGCCGGGCAGCGUUUCACCAGCCGCGACGAGAAGCCGUACUGUGCCGAGUGCUUCGGAGAGCUGUUCGCCAAGAGAUGCACCGCUUGCGUAAAGCCAAUCACCGGAAUCGGCGGUACCCGUUUCAUCUCGUUCGAAGACCGUCACUGGCACAACGAUUGCUUCAUCUGCGCCAUGUGCAAAACGUCGCUGGUCGGCCGUGGCUUCAUCACCGACGAGCAGGAUGUCAUCUGUCCGGAGUGUGCCAAGCAGAAGUUGAUGUAAGAUGUUAAACAAAAAAUACCUAAACCAGUCAGCGGCACGCCGCUAAACAAUUGCACACACACACAAAACCCACACUAAUGUAGGAAACGAAACACAACCUAGAACACAAAUGCAUUGAAACUAUUUCUCUCUCUAAAUUGCAAACGAAAGCAACGGAAACUAUUGUAACAACGAAACAAACACAACACAAUGAUAUUCUAAAAGCCGACCAUGUGUUAUAAAUUGAAAAUGUUUAUGGUUAGAAGUGAAGGAUCAAAAAGCACAAUUACCACGACAGUCAAAAGUAGAGCCUUUCACAGAGUACAGCUGUCAAAAAAAUCGAUGGCGGCCAUCUUGUAGAGCGGAUCGCUUUUCCGCAUUUCGAAUGACCUCAAUGCGUUAGGCUUUUGAGUUCUAAGAACAUAUUAUUUAUUACCUACCAUAGUUACAUUUAUAUGAUUCGACCCUACAGCAUCAUUGUGUUGAUAUUUUAUUUUUGAUGAGUUUUACUGAUAAUUUUCUAUAACAGCAAAUAGAAUACUUUAAAUAACUGCGGGGCCAUAGCAAAUAUUGCCAAUAAACAGGAAUGUAUUUUUUAAAACCUGUAUUUUAACCAAUUCUAAUAUUUUGAAGAAAAAAAAAGAAUAUACUCAACGUGAAACAAAGUGUUGGCUUUAUUUGCUCCUCUAUCCUUGCAUAGUGGUACUUUCACACAAGCACGAACACUCACACACGAGAUUAGCGGGAACGGCCUAUAUUCACAAAAGUUGCCUUUUACUAAGAACAAAACUAUAAGAAACAAACAUCAAAACCCACACCUUAAUAUUAACAUGGGACAAAUUUUAAUAGAAGAAAAAUAAAAGAUUAUCGUUCUAGUUUUAACGGCUUUACCGAGAAAAAAAAAAGAAAAACGAAUGAGAUGAAUAGAAAACACACAAAAUAAAAGAAGUAUUUAAAGAGAGUAGAAUGCAGAAAAAUGCUUUCAUAAAAAAUAUUUAUCCCUAAUAUUGAUCGCUUAUCUCCUCCCUCUUUAUGUUAUAUGUUGUUAUUCGUAAGCUUAAGGAUGAAAGAAGAAGAAGAAUAAUCAAUUAUUAUCUAUACUAUUGACAAGGCAGUCAACGAAUGGAAGAAAACUGUAUUUAAACGAGUAAGGCAGAAUAUUAUGAUAAGAGCACUCUAUCAGAGAUGAUUGACUUAACAUUUACUAAAGAUAAUCCUAUUCCUAGAGAUGAUGAAUCAGAGUAAGGAGAAGAAGAAGAAUAAAAGGGAAAAUUAGUAACCCUGGGAGUAGAAUAGAGCUUAAGGUCAGGAUCAUUACAUUGUCCCUUCUUUGUCACAACAGUAUCGUAUAACGAAUAUGUUUAACGUUUAAAUUAUUAUUUAUUCAUAUUAACACCUCGAUUACCAUUAUUUGUUAAUAACAGGAAAUUAUAGAGAAGGCAAUCGCCUGCGUUUAUUGUACGAAAAAAAGCUUAUGGUUGAGAAGUACAUUAUAUAGAGCUGUAUCGAUUCAGAAAAAAAAACAAACGCUAAUCCUUUCACCUAUUUUUGUUAUACUUGAUAAUAUUUUAGCGAUAGUUGGAUUUUCAUUAAAUAAACUGUAUCUCCAAAACAAA